UGGUGCGACCCGCGCCGCGCCGCCGCCGCUGAGCUCGCGGGCCACGCCGAGCUCGGACGCGGGAGCGGGAAGAUGUUUUCCGCGCUCAAGAAGCUGGUGGGGUCGGAGCCGGCUCCGGGCCGCGAGAAGAACAUCCCCGCCGGACUGCAGUCCAUGAACCAGGCGCUGCAGCGGCGCUUCGCCAAGGGAGUGCAGUACAACAUGAAGAUAGUGAUCCGAGGAGACAGGAACACGGGCAAGACCGCGCUGUGGCACCGGCUGCAGGGCAGGAAGUUUGUGGAGGAGUACAUCCCCACUCAGGAGAUCCAGGUCACCAGCAUCCACUGGAACUACAAGACCACUGAUGACAUCGUGAAAGUUGAGGUCUGGGAUGUAGUUGACAAAGGAAAAUGUAAGAAGCGAGGCGAUGGCUUGAAGAUGGAGAACGACCCCCAGGAGGCGGAGUCUGAGAUGGCCCUGGACGCCGAGUUCCUGGACGUGUACAAGAACUGUAAUGGGGUGGUCAUGAUGUUUGACAUCACCAAGCAGUGGACCUUCAGCUACGUCGUUCGGGAGCUGCCCAAGGUGCCGACCCACGUGCCAGUGUGUGUGCUGGGCAACUGCCGCGACAUGGGCGAGCACCGCGUCGUCCUGCCCGACGACGUGCGCGGCCUCCUGGACAGCCUGGACAGACCACCGGGCUCCUCCUACUUCCGCUAUGCUGAGUCCUCCAUGAAGAACAGCUUCGGCCUGAAGUACCUUCAUAAGUUCUUCAACAUCCCGUUCCUGCAGCUCCAGAGAGAGACCCUGCUGCGGCAGCUGGAGACCAACCAGCUGGACAUCGACGCCACGCUGGAGGAGCUGUCGGUGCAGCAGGAGACCGAGGACCAGAACUAUGGCAUCUUCCUCGAGAUGAUGGAGGCGCGCAGCCGCGGCCACGCGUCCCCACUGGCGGCCAACGGGCAGAGCCCGUCCUCAGGCUCCCAGUCACCUGUGGUCCCUCUGAGCGCCAUGUCCACGGGGAGCUCCAGCCCCAGCACGCCCCAGCCAGCCCCACCGCUGCCCCCCCACGCCCCCGCAGCCUGCCCCUCCCCGCUGUCCCCCUCGGAGGCUCCUCUACCCCCGGCAAACCCUGUGGUCCCCGCUCCGGCCCCACGACGCAGCAUCAUCUCCCGGCUGUUUGGGACCUCACCAGCUCCUGAGGUGGCCCCUCCCCCCCCAGAUCCGGCCCCAGCUGCAGAGCCUGCCGCGCAAGUCCGGGACGUGGAGGAGUUUGUCCCUGCAGACAGCUUUGACCACAGCUUCCUGGAUGAUGGAGCCCUCCCGAGGGGCGAGAGGACAGCUGAGGCCGAGGUCCCUCGGGACAGUGACAGCGAUGGGGAGGCCCCUGGAGAGCGCCCAACGGUGGCACCUUUCCAGGACGACGUGGACCUUGAGGAUAAGCCGCCCGCAGGCCCCGUGCUCAGCGAGAACAGCACUCUUUCCAAAGAGGAGGCCACUGCCCUGGCCCCCCGGAAGUGCUCCAGGCCAGAGACCCAACAGUCCUCCACAGAGGCCCCAAAGCCACAGAGGGGUGCAGCUCCCAGAACCGCAGAGCCACGAGGGCGCCGUGCUGAGGGCUCCUCUCCCGAGCCCAAGAACGGGAAGGAUGGGUCAGCAGCGUCGACAGAGAGUGACCCCGAGGGCCCCAUUGCCGCCCAGAUGUUGUCCUUUGUCAUGGAUGACCCUGACUUUGAGAGCGACUUAGACACUCCGCGGAGAGCGGAUGAGUUCCCAGUGCGAGAGGACCCCUCUGACGUGACAGAUGAGGAGGCCGGCCCUGCGCAGAUGCCCCCGCCCCCCAAGCCCUCCGCCCUGCCCUUCAGAGUGAAGGGCGACGUGGAUCUCUUCGGGCUGGGGCUCGAGGAGACGGGCCACAAGGCCAGCAGCGGUGAAGACAAAGAGGGCAGGCCUCCCUCCAAGGAGAAGAAGAAGAAGAAGAAGAAAAGCAAGGAGGAGGAAGAAAGGGCUGCAAAGAAGAGGAGCAAGCAUAAGAAGAGCAAGGAGGAGGGCCGGGAGGACCGGCGGCGGGGCAAGAGGACCACCGUGGACGAACUGGAGGCCUUCCUUGGGGGCGGGGCCCCGGGCGGCCAUCUCCGCGGGGGCGGGGACUACGAGGAGCUUUAGACCUGGCCGCUGCCCGGGCGCACGCACACUGCGUACUCGCUGCGGGUUCUGGGCCGCCCUGCAGGGAGUGGGCAGCGGGCACCGGCCGUUGCUUCUCAGGGAGGGGCUGAGGCCCAGGAGGCUGGCGAGGCUGUUUACAAAGGCCGGAGCGCCCUGGUCCCCGCCCACCGCAUGCGGGCAGGCUCAGCUUCCUGCGCAGCUCCACCAGGCUGCCCACCGCUGGACCGGGCCCUCGGCACGUCUGCGGACGCUGGGCAGUGCCGCGCAUUCCUGGGGGAGGCUCUUCCCAGGCACCGUGUCCAGCGUCGCACCUGCUCGCGCGCCACCAGCGGAGCCAGAAUGUCCUCACUCAUUUCCUUUUUCUCCUUCCACACUCGACUCCAACCAUAAAGUCCUG